AGAGUCUCUCCAGAUCAGAACACCAGAUGGACAACGCUAGCCCUUCCUCUCUCCCAGAGUCCCUGUAUCGUGCCUCUCCCGGUAGCACCUUACUGCUGGGUAUGAAGAGGUUGUCUGUGCUGCUGGUGGACUGCAGGAAAACAACGGGGCUGAGUGGAACUGUGAGAGGAGGAGAAGAGAAGAAAGGAUCAGAUUUGACACAUCAAAGAGAAAGACCAGACUCAGAGGAACCAGAGUCAGGGACGUCCAAACCAGCAAGACGACACCACUGUUUCCAGUGUGGAACGAGUUUUACCCAGAAAGGAACCCUGAAAGCUCAUGAGAGAAUACACACAGGGGAGAAGCCUUACCACUGCUCCCAGUGUGGAAAGAGUUUUAACCAGGUAGGUAACCUGAAAAUACACGAGAGAAUACACACAGGGGAGAAGCCUUACCACUGCGCUCAGUGUGGCAAGUGUUUUAACCUGUUAGGGGCCCUGAAACAACACGGGAUAAUACACACAGGGGAGAAGCCUUACCACUGCUCCCAGUGUGGGAAGAGUUUUAAUCAGUUACGCACCCUCAAAGGUCAUGAGC